CCUCAGUCGAAGCUCGUCAGCCGAGGAACGCGGGCCUUCAGACGUCGGUGUCCGAAACCGAGUUUCAAAAGCUUCAAAAUUUUUCAAGUGCGCUUGUCGUCGGAAUUUUCAUCACAAACUUUAACUGAUACUGAAAAGAAAUCAGAUCAGAAGGAGUUCUUUUCAUUCUUAAGCAGUGAAAACCUUGUUAUUGUGUCCUAUUUCCACAGUGUUCCGAAUAGUCGAUGCGGGGGUGAAAAAGUGACUACAGCUACUGUGUGGUCAUACAUAAUAAACACACGGAAUUACGGUUACCAAUAUCUAUCAACGUAUUAAACGUAAAAUACCGGCUGUGAAGUCCCGACCGGUUGUAGCGCGUUGAUUAUUUUUCGCGAACGGCGGAUGUUCGCGAUAAAAUUGCACGCCCGUUUCUCGCCGUAGCUUCGGCAAAUAGAGGAAUUAUCGUUUAAAGCACGUGAUCUUGCCUCGCACUUUCAGUGCCGCUGAGAAUCUCGAGGCGGUUGUCACUCGCACCUCUGUUUCUCGCCUUUUCGGCCCUCGCUUAUCGACUAAUCAAGCUUGAUCGAUCAAGUAAGUGACUGUCAUCAUCGUCGUUAGUUUACGUUUAAAGUGACUGGUGAUAGAAGCACGGUCUACCCUCGUGUGCUGAAAAUGACGGUUUACGACAUCCUGGGUCUCUCGGCGGCCUUCCUGCUCAUCCUGAAUGCUGCAGGACCUGCGUCAGCAGCCACCGUACCCCGAGCCACUGGCGAAGCUUUGCAACUGCAUAUUCUUCACACGAAUGACAUGCACUCGAGGUUCGAGCAGACAUCAACGUUAUUCGGCACGUGCAGCGAUGCGGACGCAGCGAACAACGAAUGCAUCGGAGGUUUCGGCCGAGUAGCGACAGUGGUCAGAAGUGCUCGAGCUGGAAGUGUCCCGACACUCUACCUUGAUGCCGGAGACACGUACCAAGGCAGCAUCUGGUUCAUUGUUCAUCGAUGGAAAAUUGUCGCGAGAUUCUUGAACCUUCUGAACCCAGACGCAAUGUCACUAGGGAACCACGAGUUUGAUCAAGGCGUCACUGGGCUGAUUCCAUUCAUCGAAAAUGCCACGUUUCCUGUACUCGCGGCAAAUUUGAACUUGACAAACGAGCCGGAGCUCGGAGCUACGAAACUUGCCAAGAGUACGGUCAUCGAUAUUAACGGCACCCAAGUUGGAAUCAUCGGUUAUCUGACCCCGGAAACCAAACUCCUCGCGACGACAGACAACGUCAUCUUCGAUGAGGAGGUCGCGGCGAUAACCGAAGAAGCUGCACGACUGAAGGAGAGCGGGGUUAAUAUCCUCAUCGCUCUUGGACACUCUGGGUUCACGAUGGACAAGACAAUCGCCGCCGAAGUCGAGGACAUAGACCUCGUAGUAGGUGGCCAUACCAACACAUUUCUGUUCAACGGAACUCAGCCAGAUACCGAAGUCCCUGUAGGCUUGUAUCCUACAGCUAUAACUCAGAGUAGCGGCAAAAUAGUCUACGUGGUCCAAGCUUACGCGUACACCAAGUACAUCGGAAACUUUUCCGUAACCUUCGACUCCGAAGGUGAUCUCACACACAUUGAGGGAAAUCCCAUUCUUCUUGACUCAAGCGUCGAGCAGGCUGAAGACGUAGUGGAAGAGUUGGAAAACUGGCGUGCGGCGAUCAAUAAUUUGACAAUCACCUAUGUCGGAAGUAGUAGCGUCUUUCUUGAUGGCGAUGCCGACGUCUGCCGUCGCCAAGAGUGUAAUAUGGGAAAUCUAGUGACGGACGCCAUGAUUGAUUACAUCUCCAGGCAGUACAACGGAUCUGAUGGAUGGACGGACGCACCGAUUGCUGUCAUGAAUAGCGGCAGUAUCAGAACUUCUAUACCCGCUAGUACCGAUUCUCAGAUUUCAAUGGCGGAUGUUCUUACUGUACUUCCAUUCGGUAACCAACCAAUCAUCGUCACUAUGACUGGUGAGGUCUUGAUAUCGAUGCUUGAAUGGAGUGUUUACUACAUGACUGGAGAUCCGAAUGAAGAUGCUAAGGGUGCUUUCCUACAAGUAUCCGGAAUUCAGGUGACUUAUGAUCUCAGCCAGCCCGUUUACUCCAAAGUGGUUUCCGUCAAAGUUCGCUGUGGCAAUUGCAAUAUUCCUACAUACAGUGAUCUGAAUGAAACAGAAACGUACUCGGUAAUUACAAAUGACUACAUGUAUUCAGGUGGCGAUGGAUUUAGCAUGCUGUCUGAUUUGGAUGUGAAAAGAGCCGAUGAUACUCUUGCCGACGUCGUGGCCGAAUAUUUGACACUACGCAGCCCUGUUUAUCCUGCGAUUGAGUGGAGGAUCACUUUCAGUGAAACGGAUACUACGGAAUCCAGUGUCGAAAGUGGAGCUUCCUACGUUACUUAUACAAUCACGACGAUCAUCUUACCUCUUUUGUUUAAGAUGUGCACGUAGGUAAAAAUGAGAAAAUCAUGAUCUUGAUCAGUCUGUAUAAUGUGAGAAAUGAGCUUAUUAACACGGUACCCAGAAAAAAUCGUAAAGGUCUACUCGCUGAUGAGUUAUUGAAGUAAUGUUGCUCUGCAUCCAGGCAUGUAAGUAUCUGAAUUUUUGUAAUCGAAGAUAUUCAUCUCUCGCAUGCAAUGAAAAAAGUAUGUCGUAUUUGCGAUCACUUCAAUAUUCCAAGAAGAGAGAAACAGCCGUAAGUUUUACCUGUCCUAUAGGUAUAGAAACUUACAAUCAGUCAGAUCGGUCCUACCCCAGUAUUUUAUUUUAACUCGUCACCUACUACCGAUUGUAGGCUCUUAUUCUAGACAUUUUUGUGUGUGUGAUCAUAUAGAUUUUUAUUUUUAUGGUGUAAAUAAAGUUUUUAUUAUCAUGCCUAACCAUCGGCUAUAAAUGUAAGUUAUUGAUUUGAGACAUUUAUUGAGUAUCAAAAGAAUUAAAAAAUAUUACCGACGAGAGACUGUUGCAUGGAUACAUAAUUCACGCUAUGUUCCAUAAGUAUACAUAGUUAUGUCAAAAUUAACACUAAUAACCGAUACAAACGACCGUCUGGUGUAAAAUAAUAAAUAUAAUUGUAACGUAAGUUAUUUCUUCGGUCUGUAUCUAACUGAGAUCGCAUCUUGUACACGAACUAAAUAAAUUCAAUUACAAAUGA